UGAUACAUCAGUAUUAUUCUACAAGUGCGUAAGACUCCACAGAUAAAUAAGUGAACAUAAUGGCAGUACUAUAGAACAAGAUGAAAACAUUUUAUCUAGACUGAAAUCAAUCAACAAAAAGAAAAUAUUUCCCUAUUUAUAACGUCACUGAAAAUAAACACCACACCAUGAUAUACAAAACGAUCGCUUUAAUCCUGAUGUCCCUAUCGUCGGCGUGGUCGGACGACCUGAACGAGGUGCCGGAAGACGGGCGGCUGAACUUCACGGGGCUGGCGCUGAAGUACGUGGGGCGCGCGGAGAGCGUGCAGAGCUCGGCGGACGGCUACCAGCUGACGCUGCACCGCGUGCGCGGGCACGCGGCCCGGCCUGUGCUCGUCGUGCACGGCCUCAUGGGCUCCAGCAGCGAGUUCCUCAUGCAAGGCCGGGACUCCAUCGUGCACGCGCUGGCCGCCGCCGGCCACGACGUCUGGCUCGCCAACUACAGGGGCAACCGCUACUCCCGCGCACACGUCGCGCUCAACCCCGACGGCGACCGCGACUUCUGGCAGUUCGGCCCGCACCAGCACGCCUGCGCGGACUUGGCCGCGUUCAUCGACACCGUCCUCAACCGAACUGGACAGACGCAGCUGUCUUUGAUCGCUCAUUCUGAGGGAACGUCGAUAACGUAUAUACUAGGGUCCGAACGUCCAGAAUAUAACGACAAGAUCAAAAUAUUCAUCGCUCUGGCUCCGUGCAUGCAUUUGCACUACAUAACGAAGACAUUGCCGCCACCAUUACUAAGUAUAGCCAAAAAGAUUCUCACGACAUUUAAGAGGCUCGGAAUAGAGGAAGUCGGGGGGUACGAUGGGAUCAGAGGGACGAUGCUGAGGAAAUUUUGUGCUCACACUUUAAUCGGUAGACAGGUGUGUCGACAAUUGAUGUUGGCUAUCAACGGUUACGACGCGGAAGGAAUGGAGACUGACUUUAUGCCGACAUUAUUCUGGAACUAUCCUGCUGGAUCUUCGCGAAUGAAUUUGGAGCAUGAGUUUCAGUGGAUUACGUCCAAGCGUUUCGCGAAGUUCGAUUAUGGUCCGAAGGUGAAUAUGGAGAAGUACGGAUCUGAAAUUCCUCCAUUGUAUGACAUAAAGAAAUUUACGAUGAAAACAUUCAUAUUCGCCGCCAAGAACGACCGGCUGGCGGUGCUGGAGGACACCAGGCGGCAGGCCGAGGAGCUGCCGAAUGUGGUGGAGUACAAGCUGGUUGACGACGAGCUGUUCAACCACGUGGACUUCGUGUGGACGCGACGGACGCGGGAAAUACAGCCCACAAUAUUGGAGGUUUUAGACAAAUACAAUUAAAAAAAACUUCUUAAAGUAUGUCCUUAAGGCCUAUGUCCGACAAUGGGCUCUAAAUACUGGAAAUUAUGAUCAUGAUAAUAUGUUAAACUUGAUUGACUUUUUAUAUGUAAACUGGCGUCCGGGGUCCAUCACCUGCUAUGUCAAAAUAGAUAGGCGAUGUCCCAUAAUGAAUAUAGUGUUCCGUUUUCAACGUUUUAUUUCCAUUAAAUUCAAUUUCGCGCGCCUUAUCGAUGUAUUUGUUAAAUCGCACCAUUCAUAUGGUACUGCAUCCAAUUCUAGCCAAUAGGAACGCGCGGUUCGCCGCCGCGCAUGCGCAGUGCUGCCGGCGCAACAAAACGCCAUAGCGGCGGCAAGGGGAUAUUCUUCCUUCGUCUUGGCGCGAACGCAUUAAAAAUGUGUAAUAAUUAUGUUAUCAUAUAAAUGUUCCUGUCUUUAAACUGUACUAUUUAUAUCGUUACCGAGUACAGAAUUACCGUGUGUCAGGCCGGCCGGCAGGUGUUUAAGGACUAUUAAUUCCAGUGAACCAUAUUCGUGAAGGAACAGUUGGGGCACAGCCGCUGUCUACGUGGUAAGUACGCCCU